AGAGACUGCCAGUUAUUACACCAAAAACAAUUGCGUAGAAUUCUGUUUGUGCGGCACAGGAACGGCAGCUGAAGAAGCUGACUUUCUGCAGCAAUUUCUCAGUAACAAAUGGCCGAAAGGGAAGCUCCGAGAACCAAACAACGACCCAUCGUUCGUUUGGGUAUCUUCUUCAUCUCACACAGCCUCCUCUUCAGCGUUGUUUGCUGUACUGCUGGAGUUUUAGCUCUUUUGCUACUUCCGGUUCUUGCCAAGAACACUUACAUAUCCGAAAAUGCCCUCAUGCCAGGUUCUGGGAAUCCCAUGCUCUCCAGUCAGGAUGUACCAGAGGCAAAUAAAUUGGUGAAGGACGUAAUUGCUCUCAAUUCCAAAUCUCGAGGUGCAGGAAUAGAGAGGCAAAGACUGAUAGCACAGUAUAUGUCAGACUUGGGUGCCGAAGUUAACUAUCACAAGUUCCGGCCUCAAGCGGUUCAGUUUCAUCCACUGCAUUUUUUUUCUAGUCCAGAUUCUGGAAUAACUGAACAGAAUGUCAGUUGUUCAUCAUAUGGUACCAAUGUUGUUGGAAUAAUAAGAGCACCACGUGGUGAUGGGAAGGAAGCAAUUGUCCUUGUAACACCUUACAAUUCAGCGAAAAUUAAUCAGGGCGAGGCUUUUUCCUUGGGCAUUGCAUACUCGGUAUUUUCCUUGCUCACCCGAGUCACUUGGCUGGCCAAGGAUAUUAUUUGGCUGGUUGCUGAUUCCCAGCAUGGAGAAUAUGCAGCAGUUGCUGCAUGGCUAAGAGAAUAUCACACACCAGUUUUUACCAGAUUGCGCACAGCAGAUGCAGAAAUAUGUCUUGAAAUCAAUAAUGUGCAUGAAGUGAAAGAGAGCCCAAUUGCUGAAAGAAAGAUAUAUGAUGAAUUUCGACGUGCUGGGACUAUGGCUGCAGCCCUUGUCAUUAAGGUUGUGGAUAAAAAGGAACAAUUUGAGGACAGCCUUAGCAUCUAUGCCGAGGCAUCAAAUGGGCAGAUGCCAAACCUUGACCUCAUCAAUAUUGUGAACUAUUUAGCCGUACAUAGGCAAGGGUUGCGGGCAAAGGUGGACAAGAUGUGGUCUGUACUCGACUCCAAAUGGCUAAAGAUUUUGGGAGAAUUAUUUGAAUCAGCAGGACAAGUGGCUAGAUCCUUAAACCCCCAAUGGAAAUUUGGUAUUCCAGCAGCUGAUUAUGUUGAAGGCACUGCUACGCUUGCAAGUUCAUUGUAUAACCAGGCUUUGGGUGUUCCCACUGGUCCACAUGGUGCUUUUCGUGAUUACCAAGUCGAUGCAAUAACUUUGGAAAUUUCAUCCAGAGCUUCUUUUGAUAGCAAGAACAGGAGAAAUGAGUUUCUUUUGAGAUGUGGCCGGUUAAUUGAAGGAGUCAUACGCUCAGUAAACAACCUUCUCGAGAAGUUCCACCAGUCAUUCUUUCUAUACCUAUUAACAUCUCCUGGUAAAUUUGUAUCGGUAGGAGUCUACAUGAUUGCUUUUGCACUUCUUGUUGCACCGCUUCCUAUGGUUGCAGCAUCUCUCUAUGCUGAUGCUAACAACUUGGAUUCUGUACAAAAAGAUGAACCCACAUCUUCAACCAGCGUUGCCGAUGAGCCUGGCAUUACUCUCAGAUCAUGGAAAUGGAUUAAUGCUGCAAAGAAAGUUUUUGUUGUUCACUUGUGGGGUUCAGUUGUUUCAUUAUUCCCCUAUUUAAUCGAUCAAAUACCCAACUGCUCCCCAACGAGAAGCUUUCUUCUUUGGGUUCUGUUUUCAACGCUCAGCUUUUUAAUCAUGUUUGUGAUUUUGGCUUCUCCAUUUUCUCAUUCUUUUGCAUCACCACUUCAUGUAGGGGAAUGGGCUAUCUUGAAAUCAGUGACUAUCUCAGUUGCCUUCAUUGGUUUAUGUCUCAUGUCAGUCAUUAACUUCUCUACAGCAGAAAUUGGAGGUUUACUUAUUGUCCCAAUGUGUUUGCUGGCUCAUCCCUUGAAGCUUGAUCUUAGAGAUCUGAGUUUAAAAACCUUUUCAAGAGUAUCUUGUAAUCUUGUUUUGGGGUUUAUAGGAUUUCCACCAGCAACAUUUAUGAUUUUGAAAGGUGGAUUUGAAGGUUUUAGCAGCAUUGAUGUUGGUGAUUUCUGGAAUUGGUUGGAGUCUCUUUGGGCUUGGAACAGUGCUACUUACCUUUUUAUAGGUAUGGUUCACCUGCCAUGCUGGUUAUUAUGCGUUCACAUUUUAUUUCAUCAUUGUUGACACGUCUUAGUCGAUUUUUCCAUGUACUAUUGGUUGGUUGGACCUGCAAAUCAGAGGAUCAAUGGCACUAUUUUGUAUGUUGAUGCUA